GGCGAGCUACACAGCUUCUUCUCUCGCGUCUGGGCGGGAUCCAGGAAACCGAGCCUUGCGAUAUACCUCGGAGCUGCUGAAGCACCUGGAAAUCCCAGUGCAGUGUGCAUACAAGCCCAGGAAAUGGAUUGGGAGAUGGUCAGCCUCUCAAGGCAGCUGUGUCAAGGAAUUCUGAUUGUCUCGAUACUGGUGGCCAGCCUCAGCACAGCCUCUGCACAGCCAGGGAACCCGUUGGGGGGAACAGCAGAGACAGAUGGUUCAGCGUUGCAGACGCUGACGGUAGCCUUUGGAAACCCGCCUGCCCUUGCCAGCUGGCAGGGCAGCAAUCCAUGUGGGGGCACAUGGGCAGGCAUCACAUGCGCGCUUGUCAACGGCUCGCAGCGAGUCACCUCACUGAAUCUGAACGGCAAGGGCCUCAGUGGGAGCCUGCCGGACAGCCUCAUUCAAUUGACCACCCUGCAGAUCAUGAAUCUGUCCAGCAACGCCAUUGGGGGGAGCCUGCCGGCGAAUUGGGGGUGGAACAACGUGUUCACCCAGCUGCAGGUCAUCACCCUGGAUGACAACAGGCUGACAGGCAGCCUGCCCAGCGGCUACAGCAACUCCAACGCCUUCAAGAGCCUCAUCGUGCUCAACCUCGAACGCAACAACCUCACAGGCAGCCUGCCGGCGUCCUGGGGCGGUCCCGGAGCACUAGGAGCGCUGCGAGUGCUGGCGCUGAAGAACAACAGCCUGGAGGGUCCGCUGCCGGCGGCCUGGGGCAACAGCAGCGCGGCGUUGCCUUCGCUGACCAUCCUCUCCCUGGACGCCAACCGGCUGUCCGGGCCGCUGCCGCCCUCCUGGUCUACCGGCUGGCCCAGCCUCUCCCUGAUGACGCUGACGGACAACACGCUGAACGGGACUCUGCCGGCGCCGUGGGGCGGUGCGAGUGCGCUGCCCAAGCUGACGAUCAUGGCCCUCAACGGCAACAACUUCUCCGGCAGCUUCCCCGACGCCUGGGCCGCCAACUCCUCCUUCCCCGCCAUGCGCAGCUCCGGCAACGGCAUCGUGCUGCAGCCGGGCAACGAUGUGCUGAGCGGGUCUGUGCCGCUGGGGACUCCAUACCCGGUGCUACGCUACGAGGGAGGCACCUCCUACACGAUGUGCUCCGCAUUCCCCUGCAGACCGCUGGCGGCUGCGCCUGGACCAGGAAUGACAGCGAUGGCCCCUGCUCCGGUGAUGCUCAUGCCAAAUGCCACCGGAUCUCUGCCAGCGCCGAUCGCCGCCCCGGGGCCGGCUCCGGCCGUCGGCCCGGCGGCGGGCGGCAGCCAGACGAUAGUGGCCACCUUAGACCUGGUCGGCCAGGGGCUGAACCCGCUGUCUUCCAAGGAUUCUGACGCGCUGCUGGCAGUCGUGAACAAGACUGUCGCCGUGCACGGCACCACUGUGACUUCCAUCCGCCUCGGCCAAGUGCAGGAUUUGGUGGCGGCGGCGCCUGCCCCAGGCAUCCAAGUGCAGAAUACAAGGAGGCGGCAGUUGCUCACAGAAGGACGCGCUCUGGCAGAGGGUGGUCCUGGGUCUCAGGCACAGGUGCUGAUUUCCACGCGGCCGGGCGCAUCCAACGACGAUGUGCAGAGCGUGGUGGGAACGCUGGCCACGGCCGCCAGCUCGGGGCAGCUCCUGUACGACCUCAAGGCGGCAGGCAUUCCCGUGGACCAGGUAAAUCUUGGGGCGCCAGCAUUUCGGCAGACGCAGCCUGCUGGGCAGCCCGCCGGGCAGUCUCCUGGGCAGCCGGCAGCGGUGGCGGCUGGGUCGGCCCCGCCGGCGCCGCCGCCCUCCGGCGGCUCUUCUUCCUCCGGCAUUCCCAUUGGCGCCAUCGUUGGCAUUGUUGUGGGCGUGAUUGUGGCCCUGGUCAUUGCUGCGCUGGCGCUCUUCCUGGUCCGUCGCCGGCGCCGCGCGCGCGCUGACCGGAAAUCGCUCAAGCCGUCUCCGAGCGUGCCGGCAGUCCCCCCGCCGACGUCCCCCCAGUCCCCCGCGCUCGUCCGGGGGCGCUCCAACGAGGCCGGCACCAAGAGCCCGCGCGUCGUCAGCCCCACCGCGACCGCCGGCCUGGCCGCCCCCGAUGCGGCCAAGGCCGGCAAGACCAACGUCAUCCCCUACUCGCAGUACCGCAGGAGCCGCCUCGACUCCAUCCGCAACGACCUCGGCCUGUCAGGCGCUGGAAGUCCAAGGGUGGAUAAUGCGGGAGGGCAGUCAUCGCUUGUCACCCCUAGGACUCCCGGACAGGCCUCCCCGCUCAUCACCCCCCGCACAGGCUACAGCACCUGA